AUGGCAGCCACUUCAGCUUCAGCUUCAGCUUCAUCUUCAUCUAAAGUAAGCUUAAAGCUUUUGAUCGACAAGAAAGCCAAGAAAGUUGUAUUUGCCGAAGCUAACAAAGAAUUUGUGGAUUUCCUAUUCCAUAUUCUUUCUCUGCCUGUUGGUACCGUUAUCAGGCUUCUCAAGAAUACUUCUAUGGUGGGUUCACUGGGAAACCUCUACGAUAGCAUUGAAAACUUGAGUGAUAUUUAUAUGCAGCCAAAUUCAAGCAAAGACUGUAUUUUGAACCCUAAGAUUGCCAACCAUGGGGCUCAGCUCCCAAUAUUGCUACCUAAUGAUGAUGGUUCGCUGUAUAGGAAGUUUUACUCAUGUUCCGACCAUUUAUUUGUGGCUGAUAAUCCCACUGCUGUGUGUCCAGACUGCAAUGGUCUUAUGAACAGCGAGUGUCCCUAUGUGGCUGGUUCUGGUGCAGCAAAGUUGACGGCAGAAGGCGGUGGUUUUGUUAAGGGGGUGGUGACUUACAUGGUUAUGGAUGAUUUGGUGGUGAUGCCUAUGUCCACCAUAUCUAGCAUCACCAUGUUGAGCAGGUUCAAUGUGACGGAAGUUGGUGGUCUUUAG